AUGUCCUUGUUGGAUAUUAGUCAACAGUUAACAAUUUAUAUUGGUUUAUUUCUGCUUAUUUUCGGUUUAUUAGGCAAUAGUUUGAACGUUGUAGUAUUUUCCAGUACUCACACCUAUCGUACAACUCCUUGUACAUUUUACUUUCUUAUCAGCUCAAUUGCUAAUAUUGGAUUUCUCUUAAUAAAUCUUACAUCUCGUGUUGUUAGUGUUGGUUUUGAUUUUGACCUAAGUCGAACAUCAGUGCAUUGGUGUCGAGCACGACAAUACUUUAUCGGUGUUUUCAGUUUAAUUUCGUUUACUUGUUCGUCUUAG